AGCUCCCUAUAUAAACUACUGGACUCUGUGUGGGUUCAAACACAUUUCAAAGCUUCGGGAUCCUGACAAGUUUCAUUCUCCUUCCUGACAUUCCGAGUCAGGUAAUAAUCAAAUUAUGGUUCUCCUGAGAUCCAGGAGACAAAUGGGAAAGCUUCACCAUCCCAAGAACUGGCCCUGCACAGCAAUGCUCUCUCUUCUCUUUAUCCCAAGUAUCUCUAAAGGGGUACAUGUAACUCAACCAGAAGUGGUCCUGGCCAACAGCAGAGGGGUUGCCAGCUUUGUGUGUCAAUAUGAAUUGACAAACAAAACCAAAGAGAUCCGAGUGGGGCUUCUUCGACAGAUGGACAGCCAGAUGGUUGAAGUCUGUGCCUCAACAUACCUGGUACAGGAUCAACCAGUGUUCAUGGAUGACAUGCUUGAGUGUACGGGACAUGUCAAUGGGAGUAAAGUGACGCUCACUCUCACAGGGCUAAAGGCCUCAGACAGUGGACUAUACAUCUGCAAAGUGGAACUCAUGUAUCCUCCACCCUACUACAUGGGUUUGGGCAAUGGAACACAGAUAUAUGUAAUUGAUCCUGAACCUUGUCCAGACUUUGAAGUCAUGCUUUGGAUUCUGGCCAUAGUGAGCUCUGCAUUAUUUUUUUAUAGUUUCCUCAUCACAGCCGUUUCCUUGAAUAAAAUGUUACAGAAAAGGAGCCUUCUCACUACAGGAGUCUAUGUGAAAAUGCCUCCAACAGAACCUGAACAUGAGAAGCAAUUUCAACCGUACUUUAUUCCCAUCAACUGAGAAAAUGAAGUGGUGGAUAGAGAAAUGGUUUUCCAAUUGCAAGAGUCACUGAAAUCUUCACUUUCAUCGUAAUGUGCUUAAAAAAACCCAAAACAUUUUUUGAAGGUGGGAGGGUAGAGGGUGGGCUUAAAUGUGGGAGGAUGAAAACAAACAAACUUCUAAUUAAAAUGUAGUUGAGUGGAUAUCCCUGGCUGGGUAUUUGAAAAAUUAAAAUUCAAAAAGUAGAAUGUCAGGAAAGAGGAUGUUUCUGAUAUUUUGAGGCAAUAUAAACAAAAACAAGAAUAUUUUAAAAUAUAGAAUGGCGGACCCAGGUUAGGGCAAUGUAUUAAGGAGGGAGGGAAAGGACUCCUGUUCAACCUUAUAUUUUAAUUGUGAUAAACAUAUCUAAACAAAAUUAUCUUUUCAAGAUUAACUAUUAUGCUAUCAUUUUUUUUCUCUUUACAAAUGUUUUGUUACAUUAAGAUUUUUUUAAAAAUUGCAGUCAAAUGGCUCAGUUUAAGCCAGUGAUUUCCUCAGUUGUAUUGUACCAAUAUGUAUCCUUUAUAAAGUCUAAUAGCAUUAUGUGCCAGGCAAGGCAAAAGCUAAAGUAUCUGCUCAUCAGUUACAUUCAAACACUAUGUGACAGUGUCUUGCCUCCCACUGUCUAAUUGAGAAGAGUGGUGGACUCCUGGCUCAGAACACUAAUGAGCCAGGAAGGGAAGAAAUUCAUUUACCAAUUAUUUCUGAAUUCAAAUGAAAUAGUAAUAACUCUGUGGAUUCUAGCAGAAAGGUUAAGUUCCAUCGGCAUGGUAAGAUCCAGGGAACUGAAUGUUGGAUCCUGACACUUUAACUGGAUUCCCACUUAGGUCAAAGGUUGUGAUAGCUGACCAAAUCCUGAUUGGACAAAGUACAAGGAAAAGGUUUAUUCUGGAAGUUCUGUCAGACCCAUUUUCAUGAUGUUCCCAACUCAAUGGGACAUGAUAAACAUCUAUUUAGCAAUAAGACAGAAAAUAGUUGGUGUCUGGGAAGAGCACAUAAUGUUUUUGAAAGUCAACACUGUUUGGGUGUUUUUAAACUCACUAUUUUCCAUGAAAAUGUAAACAUUAUGUAUAAUAUUUUUAAUUAAAUAAAAUGCUGUGUUUGUUUUCCAGAA